ACAGGCUCAAGUGUUAGGGGCCGGCUACCCCAGCCUUCCCACCAUGACGGUGAACGACUGGUACGAGCAACACGCUAAACAUGGAGUCCUGCCUGACCAAGGGGUUCCUAGGAAAGUUGCUGUCGAGGACAACACUGAUGCAGAAGAAAGGGAAAACGAAGAGAAAGAAAGAAAAGAUGAAAAUGACGAUGAGUCGUCUUUACUGAAGGCCAGAAACUGGGAUGACUGGAAAGAUACUCAUCGUAGGGGCUAUGGAAACCGACAAAAUAUGGGCUAGCUGUUCUUCAAGAAAGUGUUUGUCCAAACAGUCCAGCUUCUGGUGAAUUUUAUAUUUGAUUUCCCAGGAUGUGGAUAAUCUUCCCUCUGUAGUUUCUGGACAGUUAGUGUUCUUCUUCUGUUUAUUUACUAAGAUAUAGAGCUUAACAUGCUACAUGAUUGUUGCCAACUGUAUGUCUGUCAUCAAAAAUGUAAAAAAAUAAAAAUUAAAAAAAAACAGGCAAAUUUCACAAGACUAUUGAAUUGUAGAUGGAAGAAAUAAAGACGUGCAAAAAGGA